UUCUCUCUAUUUUUCUUCUCACCCACUGCCUCUUUCUGCUGAUCAGAACUUCUCCUAUUUAUAGGAGAAGUUCUCUUCAGCUGCUGAUUUCGGUGCAGCAUUCAGCUGCUAAAAAUACGGAGUGAGAGCCUAAUAGAAACAAGGCACCGAAUGGUGCCUAAUAAGACAAUGCACCUUACGGUGCAUGUACAAGUCAUGCCACUUGGGUGGCUGGUCAACAAAGAACCUCAUUGGAACAAAACCCUGAGACUUGAGUCACGGCAGUAGAAGGCUUUUCCUUCACAUGGUAAGCAAUAAGAACCUCAUCACUGGAUGCACUUGUGUAUGCUUAAUACUAUAAAAGAAAAAGUUCUGGUCCUUCAACAUAAAAUCUAUGAACAUUUAAUGAAUUUAUUCAUUGAUAUUUCCUUUUGGAAAUUUAACUUAUGUCUAUGCAUAAAUGGACAAAUUAAGAACGAAUUUAAAUCCCCUACAUUAAGAAUAAAUCAAAACAUAUGACAGUAUCAGGGAGCUCAAUCAUUUAAAAAUGAAUUGGCGGGUCCCUACGUCCCAUGCCGACAGCAUGGCUCAAGCCACUCAAAAUAAAAUGAUAACAAGUACUUAAGAAAUCUAUCAUGGAUGCAAUGAUACCUGAGAGUAGUCAAUCUACAAUGAGGACAAGCUAUCCAUUCCUGAUCUUAUCAGAUCAACUUGUAAUGGCAUAGGAUUCCCGAGCACUUUUUAACAAACAUUCCCACAAUUUUGUUUUUUCAGGUCUUGUUAUGAUUUCUUCAUGCUUCUUCGAACACAAUAUUAAAAGCUUCCACAGGCAGCAUGCACCAAACUCAUGAGCAAAAAUGAGAAGACUCACUCCAAUCCAUCUUAUCUUGGCAUGGCUCUUGCUUGCAGCUUCUCAAUGCCCUUGCUUCACCAUGAGUGUCCAGCCUAUAGAAUCAGUUCAUUUGAGGCUCAGACAAGGGCAACCAAGCUCAACGUCGCACAAUAGGGAUGCCUCACCUAGUCGGGUUAAAGGAAAGAAGAUUCAUAAGACUCCGUCAGGCCCCAACCCUGCAGGGAAUCACCGCCCCCCGUUUAGACAUAAAUAGAUGGAUGCACUUGUACGUGCUGCAAAAGCAAGUAAAAGUUAGAAGUUUUAGUCUUACAGCACAUUUCGAGGAUUAGGAAAAGUCAGAUGUAUCCAUUAGUUUGAGAAUCCGUGUCUUUAGGGGUGUUGUGCUUGUAUAAAAAUGGAAAUUAGUCGGGGGUGUGUAUUAUAGAAGCGGAAGCCUUUAUUCA